AUGCAGGUUCGAUUGCAGAUGCCCCUUUGCUUCUUUGCUUCGCAAGGUCCUGGUGGGCUUUCCACCCAGCGGUCUUGGGCAGAGCAACUGGAGGCUCGUCUCGGAUGUGAGCUGGGAGAGGCGGACGAGGCUGGCCGAGCUAUGGCGGCCUGGGUGCAGCGUGUGGUGGUGCGACAUGGGCUUUGCCCUUGGGCUGAAGAGGCCCUCAGGCGCGGUAGCUUGGCCAUCGUCUCCUUGGAGGAAGAGAUGGAGGACACCGUGGCUGCUGCAGUCCUCACCCACGCGCAGCUUCUGGCGCAACAGCCGCCGAAGAGCCGCUGUAGCACCUUGUUGGUGGCACCCCAGUGCCACGCACUCGAAGACUUUGAGGUCUACUUGGAGCUGUGUGCCUGGCUGGAAGAAGCCUUUACCGAGCUGAACCUCAAUGGCCAGGUGCAAAUGGCCACCUUUCAUCCACAGUUCCGCUUCGGCGACUCCGUUGGAUCGGAUGCCGCGGACUUCGUGAACCGCGCUCCUUGGGCGGCCUUUCACCUCCUGAGGGAGGAGGAGGUCUCCGCUGCCCUGGCCUCCUUCCGCGUGCCGGGCACGGCAACCUUCGACGAUCCUGAAGCCGUGGGGGAGUUCAUUUCUGACCGCAAUGCCAGGUUCCUGCGGGCCCGUGGCUACCAGAAGUGCUUGCAGGAUUUGAGGCUGUCCAACGAACGUGACGCUACGGAGUCGUGUGACGCUACUGAGUCAUGUGAGGGUUGGUCCGAGUUUCUCAACCCGGAAGGGUUUGGGGAAGUGGAGAAGGCUCCUGGAAACGCAGCCAUGGACAUCGACCUACUGAACCCCGAUGCCAAAGAGGAGAAGUCGAAGCACAAGCUGAAGCGCAUGAUUCAGUCUCCCAACAGCUUCUUCAUGGAUGUCAAGUGCCCCGGCUGCCUUCAGAUCACCACGGUCUUCAGCCACGCGCAGACAGUGGUCUUGUGUGGAAACUGCAACGUCAUGCUUUGCCAGCCCACUGGUGGCCUGGCACGGCUCACCGAGGGCUGCUCCUUCCGGAGGAAAGCUGACUGA